UUGCAAACGAGUAGUUGUAAACAGCGAUAAACCCUAGGAGUGAGGCACAAAAGUGAUUUCCAAAUAAAAGAACACGUGUCAAUCUGUUAGUACCUGAGCCAACGAGAAAUAAGAAUAAGGAUUUCUCAAACUUGUCCCAUUUCAUUCACUUCAUCACUGUUUUAUCUUUCAAACCCAAAAAAACAGAGAGAUAUGGAACAGAGUAGUAGCGUUUGGUUAGAGACUGAGAUUGAAACUGCUCAAAUUCUUGCUCAUUUGCAUAACACUUUCUCUUUGUUCAGCCAUGUACCCUACUCAUGGGUGUGCAGAAAGAAGAGAUCUGCAAUUUCUAAUAAACACUCUUCUAAUGGCGGCGGCGCAACCACCGUUGUUCCUCCUCCUCCUUCUUCUUCUGACGCCGUUAAAGCUAAAGUUUCAAGUCCAACAACCCCUCUUUCUUUUCCAACAACUGAAUCAGAUGAGAAACCCAAGCAUUCGGAAAAAAGAACUUCUCUCAAAAGGCAGAAGAAAGAACACUAUCUUAGUAUUAUCCAAAAUUUGACGAAAACCAAAGACUCCACCACUCAAGAGAUUGCAAAUGUGAAACGUCAAUGCGAAGAAUUGAAGCUCUUCAAUUCCAAAUUGAAAGCAAAACAAAAAGAGCUAUAUAUCAAUGGUCCCAAAGAUGAAUACAAGAUUCCCAAUUUAGAAAUUAAUAACGCAAUGAAACUGAAUGAUAUCAUCAAAAAUUCAGUCAACACUUCCAAUUCCACUACUGAAAAUCAAGAGCAAAGAAUUCAUCAUGCCAACAAUUUUGGGCUUGAUCCAACGACGUCGUUGGGAGUGGCGUCGUCAUCAUCUUCGAUGGGCCGAAACAGUGGUGAUAUGGGCCCAUUAUCCAUUCCUGAUUUGAACAUAUCAUUUGAAGCAAUUAAAGAUUUGAGCAAAGUUAUGGCAGAUCAAGCAAGACAGAGAAGGAUUCAUAUUUUGAGACUCAAGAAAAAUAAUGCCAAAGAACACCAAUCUUCUUCUAGUAGAUAGUACCACUAAGUUGUUAUUUUUUAACUAUUUAAAAAGUUAUAUAAGAAUAUUCAUUAUGAAUAUUUCUUUUUUAGGAAAAAAUUGUGAUGUUGAACCAAGGUUGCUAUAAACUAGUACUACAUUAGGAAAUCUGGUGCAUCUUGGUCAACAAAAUAUUUUUGGAAAUAGUAUAUGUUUAGUAACGUUUGAGAUUUCUACUUUUGUGAGUCCUCAGUUACAUUUGGAGGCAAUUCCGUUCGGUAUAAUGUAAAAUGUGCAUUAAGAGAAUCAAAAUAUCACACAAAUGCCUUGGAUUGCGAGGAUUGACAUGAUAUGAUAAAUUUAUGAAUCAUAUGUAACAUAAGAUAAUUGCUAGGAUUGAAAUAUUCACUUAAGUUCCAAGUUAAAA